AUGGAGUCAGAUGCAACAUGCACCUAUUCCUUUGAAUACAAGCAAAUCGACGGCAAACCAGUCGUCUUAGAUGUGCAUCUUCCUAGCCUCCGCGAUUGUGCCACGCAGCCUCCUAUCAGACGACCCACCAUCAUCUACUUCCACGGAGGGGCACUCACUGUUGGGAAUAGGCGAAGUUGGCUGCCAACUUGGCUACAGACGCGCUUGUCUGCAAAGAGAUUUAUCAUCAUUAGCGCCGACUAUAGGUUGAUGCCUCCUGCCACUGGGCACGAUAUCGUGGAAGAUAUUCAGGAUGUCUUCCGUUUCGUGGCGACUUCGUUGAACGGCCGGCUGGACGAGGCCAUGUCCAAUACAGGGUGGGCAGAUUCUGGUGGUAAGCUACCACCGUGGAAUCCCUACCGCAUAGACCCUGGGGCGAUAGGCGUCGCUGGGUCAAGCGCGGGUGGUCUAUGUGCAUACCUCGCGUGCAUGCAUGCGGACCCUAAGCCGAGAGCGGUCCUCAGCAUGUACGGUAUGGGCGGGAAGCUUUACAACCCUCAUUACUUCACGCAUAGGUCCGAACCUUUCUUCCGCGGCCGGGAGUUACUGGACCCUCAGCAGUUUCCUUCAUUUCUUUAUCCUCAGAGUUCUGAAUUGGAAUUCACGUCGGAUUCCCCUCCUGCAUACCACCCACCCACGUACGUUAUUCCAGGAUACCCCAGCAACCCACGCAUGCUCCUCGGCCCGCUUUACUUGCAGCUCGGAACGUAUUUGGACUACUAUACCGGCAUGCACGAACCCAGUUUAAGUGCCCACUUACGCACCCUACCCGUAGAUGCGACUUUCCGAUUGUAUCCCAAUCCCGAUCCUAUUCCGGAACAGCACCGUCGACUCUUCCCUCAAUUCGGAGUCUCGUCCGUCUGGCCUCCUACGUGCCUUGUUCAUGGAUCAUCAGAUACGGCUAUUCUUAUUGAGGAGUCUCGGCACCUGCGUUCCUUGCUAGCGUCCGCCAACGUAGACGUGGUACUCUGGGAAGUAGACGGGGUUGAGCACGCGUUUGACUACGAACCCCCUGCAGAGGGAAUCUACAAGACGGGUACUGCUUAUAUUGCGACCAUUCAUUCGUCCCAAGGAAUCUACUGA